UCAAUCUCCAUGAUGACUGAUCAUUCCAAAAUCAGGUUAUUUUUACCGUCAACGGCUUUGAGUGAAGUGCCAUCCACUAUUAUGCAUCUCAAAAAUAUUGAGUGGUUCGGUUUUAACAUCAGUUACUCUCUUCAGAAACUUCCUCUAAACUUUGCCUCUAAAAUUGCACUCAUGGAUCCAAUAAAACAUAAAGACGACACAUGCAUCAUGUUAAGUAGAAUAUUGCCCACCUCUGUCUUCUUUUCUCUCAAGAUAUUAAAUUUCAACAAAUGUAAGAGGUUGUCUAAACUCCCAGACAACAUUUAUGUCUUACAAUCAUUACAAGUAUUACAACUGGUAAGUUGUCAUGUCAUUACAAGUUUGCCAAAAAGUAUUAAGAAUCUUCAACAGCUCAUAGAUAUCUUGAUCCUUGAUUGUGAAAUGUUUCAAUACGUUCCUCCACUUCCUCCAUCUAUUUUAUACUUUAAUGCAAUAAACUGCAAAUCUUUAGAGGCAGUCUCAAGUUUAACAAGUGAACCACCAAGAAAUAAACUCUACGCAUCGAUUGGAUUCUGUAACUGCACAAAGUUGGAUGAUGAUGCAUAUGAAGCAGUUUUAAAAGAUUUAAAAUCCAGGAUAGAACUUGUGGCAAAUAAUGAUGGAUAUCCGCAUAAUGAAGCAAAUAAUGGUAAUAAAUUCUUGUACUAUUUACCAAGUAAAGAGAGCAUAAUUAAUGAGUGGUUCCCUAGCUACUACUGUAGAGAAGCUUCGAUCAUUGUUGAAGUUGCUCCAGAUCACAAGAUUUCUUCUUGUCUUGUUGGCUGCAUCUUGAUUUCUCAAUACCAAUAUUUCAACAUUUGGGACAAAGAAGUGAUAUUUGGAUGGAAAUGCUACUUGAAAAAGGGUUGCAACGAGUGGGAAUGGAUCGAAUUUCUGCCAAUAGAAAAUACUUGACCGGUUAUGUUCCCGAUGCCCAUGAGAUUGCAUUGGAAAUGGUAUCAGAUCAUACGGUAGUAUGGUAUGAUGGAAAGGGUUCCAAGAAGAUAACGGAAGCAAUCAAAGAGAGAAAGAAAGGCACCACUUGUAAUCCUAUCCUUAAAUUUAAGUUCUAUGCAAAUACAGAAGAUAAUGAAGAAGUAGUAAUAAAGGGGUGUGGGAUACGUUGGAUGCAUGUCCAUGUCAAUCUUGAUGGAGAGAUGAAGGAUGAGGGCUAUGAAUCUCAUGACGUAGAGAGUUAAAGAACAGACAACCAGAGAAAGAGUGGAUUUACUCGUGGUUCCAAAGAUUAUUGUGAUGAAAACCAAGACCGAAAAAGAGAUAUAAAGAAAGAUCACUCCAAGAAUAGUGCAAUAUUUCCUGUUAAAUUAAGAGCGACAAGAACAUAUCAUAUGAGAAUUCGAAGAGGAAAGCUUCAUUUGGGAACACCUAAACUUCCUUCAGUUUAUUAUUGUUGUAAUAGUCGUCUAUUUGGUCUUUUUAUAGCACACUUUCUCUCAGAACACACCAUUACUUAUUUUUGCUCAUUUAAUUGUUGUUCAAUUUUCCUGUCAACUCGGCAGUUUAACAUAUUGUAUGUUUUUGGCACUUUCACA